CCGAGGCGGCGGGAACCUCAAAGCCCCGGCAUGAACCGCCGCUCCCGCAGCGCGCUGGCGGCCCCCUCCCCCGCGGUGCCGGGGCCGACCGGCGGCCAGAGGGGGCCAGGGGCGACCGAGGACACGCUGCGCCGCGCCCCGGGCCCGCCCCUACCUGCGUGGAGUGAUGAGGAACCGGAGAAAAAAGGAAGAGGAGAGACUAAAAGAACCGAAGGGCUUUUUUUCCCCCAGCCCAGACGAGGUCUCCAGCCCACUCACCAGAUACACUUAAAAUGUAAAUACAAGCUUCCAGAACAAAUGCUACAACACAAAACAGAAACACAUGUGCUGCCGGGCGGCAAGCGAACGCGCGGCGGGGCAGGCGGCGCGGGUCCCGGGGCGCCCGCGCCCCCUGCCGGCCGGCGGACCCGGCGGCGGCCCGGCCCCCGCCCUCGCCCGCGGGGCAGCCCGGCCCACCGAAGCCUGCGCUGGGCGCCACGCCGCCAGCCUUCACUCCCGGUCCUGCGCGUUUCGCAGGCGGCGCAGCACGUCCAGCGCGUCAGAGAUUACUUUGGGGGUUAGGAGAGUGUUAGAUUGUUUUUCCUGGGCAUGUCUAGACAGGUCACCUGAGGACACUCGCUGGAAAAUAGUUACUUCGCUCACGAAUCCGCCAACAAGGGACGUGUCCUAAUUGAGUGGAAUGAAAGAUGAAUACAAUUUGAAUAAUUUUCUCCUGUGCAGAGAGAAGCUGUUAUUUUAUUUGCCUAUGGAUGUGCCCCAGUAUGUAGCAAGGUGCUGUUACACGGUAGAGUUACAUACAUAAAGGUUUGCUGUAUUAGCGAAUUAAUUUGGAAGCCAAGGAGGCACUGGAGGCUAGUUCUAAUGGAAAUUUUUCAUUUUUUUACAAAUAUUUACUGAGGCCUCAGUACAUGCAAGACACACAGUGCUAGACGCUGAGGAAACAAAGCUAGAGAGCAAGAUUUGUGCCCUAGUGGAAUGCACAGUCUAACGGUAAGACAGAUAAUUCAACAAGUAAUUGCAAGUGUAAGUGAUGGGGUUCAAGACAUGCUACCCCAAAUUAUGCCACCUUGGCAUAUUGAAUAAACUGAAGAAGUUUUGAGAAAACAGCAGAAGCAGGAAGGUCAUUCUGACCUUCUUCCCCCAAAACAGUCAUAAAACCCUCAGGUGAGAGGUGCCCUCCCUGUUCCAGGAGGACAGGGACAACCUUAUCUCUGAAAACAAAGGGAAACCAAGAAGAAUCCUGAUAAACAAGGCUUGUUAAAUUGCCCCCAGUCUACUACAUGUAGCCUCAAGCUCCUUAACCUCUCCAAGUUCUCCAGACUGUCCAGGCUUCAGCAAAACUAGCAGAAAGAUACACACAUCUGUUUCUUUGGGUCUUCAUUUCCUUAUGAAGUCUCCUGUGUCAUGUAAAACUUAGGUUAAAAUAAAUUUAUAGGCUUUUCUCCUGUUAA